UGACACUGGCUCUGCCUUGAGUGUUAUAUUGUGUGAUCCCUGGAAUGUGUCAUUAUUCCUGUGUGCAGAGAAGAGGCUGCUCAGCUGCCAGCUGUGACCACAUACAAGAGCCUCUGCUCCUGGGGCCGCUGUGCUCCCCCAAGAUGGGGGCUAAAUUCAGAUUGCCGUGGCUUCUGCCCUGUAUCCUGGCUGCGCUAGUCCAGGCACAGAAGGACAACGACCAGAAAUCGGUUGACUGCUACAAUUCUGUCCAGGGAACCAUCUACGAUUACGCAGCCCUCACAUUAGAGGCGAGUCAGCUCAUCCCCUUUAAACAGUACGAGGGGAAGACACUCCUGAUUGUGAAUGUGGCUACGUUCUGAGGGCUCACCAUGCAGUACCUGGAACUGAAUGCACUACAAGAAGAACUGGGGUCCAAUGGGUUGGUCAUCUUGGGGUUUCCAUGCAAUCAAUUUGGUCUACAAGAACCUGGUAGUAAUGAAGAAAUUCCUUUAGGAUUAAAAUACGUUCGUCCUGGCAAUGGCUUCACUCCAAAUUUCCAGCUGUUUGAGAAAGGAGAUGUCAAUGGGAAGAAAGAGCAGAAAGUAUUUACCUUCUUAAAGAACUCCUGCCCCCCUGUCGGUGAAACCUUAGGCAACCCAUUAAACCGUCUCUUCUGGGAUAACAUCAAACUCAACGAUAUCAAGUGGAACUUUGAGAAAUUUCUUGUUGGACCUGAUGGACGUCCCGUGAAACGUUGGCAUCCCCGAACACCAGUCACUCAAGUCAGGAGAGAUGUGAUCACAUACAUGAAGUCAAAGUCGGGACUCGAAAGGAUUCUGAUGAUGGGAAGGGAAGAGCAAUAGACACAAUUGUGCUUAAUGUUACAAAGCUUUGUUUAUAUAUAUAGAUAUAUAUUUUUUGUGAUCUUUUGUGCCAAGUCUUUAAGCAGUUGGUAGGAGACAGAAGGUUCUCUGGAGAUUCCAUCAGUAUGAAAGGUAGGUCAGAAAGCACAUGUGUGGGACCUAUCUAGAAACCAGAAAUUUGGUAGAUUGCUGUUUAGUGCAUUCCAGCAACUACCAAUCUGGGAUGUGCUCUCUAGCUGAACCUGAGGUUUCUCUUCUGCAGCUUGAGCUCAAUGGUGAAGCUUUAUCUGUGCUGGUACUCAAUAAACAUCAUACAUAUACAACUUUUGAAA